CUCGUCCCGAGCUUGGGGCAGUUCUUGCGUUCGGCUCGGUUCCCCAGCGGCCUGACCCGAUGGCGCCUCAGCGGAGGGGUGCGCCCAAGGCGCCCGAAGGCAGCGGAGCGGCCGAGCGCCGGCGCCAGAGCAGCGCAAAGAGUGUCCGGGCCCCGCGGGAGGUGCAGAGGAAGUGGCUGAAAACCACCAUCCUGGGGGCCUGUGCCGUGCUUGCUGGGCCGCUGCUCUGGAGCUGUCUGGGGGGUGAUGAUGGCGUCACUGAGGUCCUGGCUCACCGUGGCGAGAUCCUGCCAGGCAGGUUCAUCGAGGUGCCCUGCUCGGAGGAUUAUGACAGUCACCGAAGGUUUGAAGGCUGCUCCCCUAGGAAGUGUGGCCGGGGGAUCACCGACACCGUCAUCACCAGGGACGAAGCCCAGCGGAUUCGCAGCAUAGCCGAGAAGGGGCUGUCCCUGGGAGGAUCUGAUGGAGGGGCGUCCAUCCUGGACUUGCACUCAGGAGCCCUGUCUGUCGGGAAGCACUUCGUGAACCUGUACAGAUACUUUGGAGAUAAAAUACAAACCGUCUUCUCAGAAGAAGACUUCCAGUUGUACCGGGACGUGCGACGGAAGGUCCAGCUCACGAUCGCCCAGGCUUUUGGCAUCAGUGAGUCUUCGCUGUACCUGACAAAGCCCACGUUCUUCUCCCGCAUCAACAGCACCCAAGCCCGGACGGCUCAUGACGAGUACUGGCACGCACACGUGGACAAGGUGACCUACGGCUCCUUCGACUACACCUCGCUGCUCUAUCUCUCUGACUACCUGGACGACUUCGGCGGGGGCAGGUUUGUGUUCAUGGAGGAGGGGGCCAACAAGACGGUGGAGCCGAGAGCAGGUCGGGUGUCCUUCUUCACCUCGGGGUCCGAGAACCUGCACCGUGUGGAGAAGGUCCACUGGGGCACCCGUUACGCUGUCACCAUCGCCUUUACCUGCAACCCCGACCACGGCAUCGCAGACCCUGUGUUCACGUAGUCCUGGCCACAGUGCCCUGCCCAGGGAGCAGCCACACUGAACUCACGCCCCCUCCCACUGUUUCAGCCCAUUUCCAUUGAACAAGGUGCCUUAUGAAUCACCCAGAUUUUAAUUUGCUGCUGUACUGGUCAUUUUUCAUCUAUAAGUAAAUUGGGGGAAGCGGCUCUUCA